CCACGCCAUGGCGCGGCAGUCGCGCGAGCUGCCACGUAAUGUUGUGCGUGCUGUUCGUUUGCUCACGAAUCGGUGCGCUAUAAUAUUCGUGAGAUCGCUGGGAGAAAUUAAACGGCAACGAGGGGCGAUGCGCGGGUCUGCAUCCGGCCGUUCCUAAUUUCGGUGUCGCGCCCAUCGCAAGUGACUUUUAGAGGGACAGAAUGUCACAGCCAAGUGGUUACCAGUAUCCGCUGUAUGUAGAAUCCAAUAGUACUCUAAAGAAUAAUCUCUCGCCUAUGGUGAAUGGUCAAAGUUCUACACCUCAACAGAAUGGUAUGCAGUCCCCUCAUUAUAAUUUAACUGGUACACCAUCAUCACAAUCCUCGCGCGACCCGUCGAGGGAAACCUCUAGAGAUCCGUCACCAACACAAUAUCUUCAAAACCAGUAUCGGCCUCAGUUGUCCCGACCGCCAAUGCCACCUAUAACUGCAUCACAGAGUUCCAAUGUAUUGCCUCCUCCACCUAGAACGUCGCAGCCAUUUAGUCCCAUUAACCCUUACGGCGCACAUGGCCAGUAUGCCACUAGCAGUCAUCAGAACGUUGGCACAUCCUCAACUGCCUUUGUGCCUCAACCUAACCAAGAAACUCAUCAUAGACCUAUGAUUCCUUCAAAUCAAAUGCCUCCACUGGCGAGAAACCUUGCGCCAGAAUCGGAAACUUCGACACCUGCGGAUAUCAAAUCGGAACUUGCUAAAGUGAGCCAAAGUUACCAGUGGGCGACCAGUAGUCCUCCAACCAACAUUCCGCAAGGCACUAUAGGCGUUCCUUGUGUACCCAGUAGCAUCGAAAAGACUAGUCAAGUCUCUACAGAUCAAACGACAAGCAGUCAGGCACUCUUUCCUAGAGCGAAUCAGCCACCAAUGUAUGAUCAGAAUCAUCCUAUCUCUUCAGUUCCAUCCAACAUUAGUCUACCUUCUCCAAACGUCACUCAAUAUUCGAGCCAGGACAAUAAUAUGCAGCAGGAUUCACAGACUUCCAGCGUGCAACCACCAAGGACUCGGAAUGUCCAGGCACAGUUGCCUACUUCGGAAAAUUCGAUUAGUCCUCAACUCAGUUAUGGAAGCCAGCAAAGUAUAUUCAGCGCCUCAUCGACACCGCAAAUGAGUUCUAACACGCAAAGCUUGUUCCCCAGUAGUUCACAGCAAGUUCACAACAUGGCUGUACGAAACUCGCAGGAUUAUUAUCCCCAAUCUUUGAAGUCUCAACCUCAGUCUCAGUCUCAGCCCCAACUUCAACCUCAGUCUCAUACUCAGUCUCAAUCUCAUCCUCAUCCUCAUCCUCAUCUUCAUCCUCAUCUUCAGUCUCAGCUUCAGCUUCAACCUCAGCCUCACUCUCAGUCUCAAUCUCACCCUCAGCCUCAACCUCACCCUCCACUUCAGACUCAGCCUCAGCAACAUCUUACUGGCCAAGUGGACCCCAUGGAAUUGGGAGGUGUUUCUCAAGGUCUGAAUGUAUAUCAAAAUUUAGCUGGUCAGAGAAAGUAUCCACAACAGGACACUGCCAAUACUGCAAUGACACCUCCAAGGGGUACCAUGCCAUCUUCAGGAAUCAAUCAAUUGCACGCGAGACCACCGUCGUCAAGAUUGCUUCCAGGACAUCAAUAUGAUACUCGUUUACACUAUCCCGGUCCGAUGACGAAUGUUCCAUUAGACUCAUUAAAUAGGAGAUAUCCUAAUGUAUAUCCCGACCAAUUAAAUCAGUUAAAUAAUCAGAUGAGCAAUCUAAACGUAACACAGGGUGGCUUUGAUCAAUUAUGGGGUGCGAUAACGGUAGACCUCUUACAGGGCAGAAAUAUACUGCCGCCUAAAAAAGUCGAGCCACCAAAGAUUAAGUUACAACAGGAAUUGUUAGACACCGCAAAUUGUAGUCCCGAAAUAUUCAGAUGUACGCUGACGAAAGUCCCAGAUACGAAUAUGCUUCUGCAAAAAUCUAGACUACCAUUUGGCGUACUAAUACAUCCAUUUAAGGACUUAAAUCAGCAUUUACCAGUGAUUCAGUGUAAUACGAUCGUGCGUUGUCGAGCUUGCAGAACAUAUAUCAAUCCCUUCGUAAUUUUCAUCGACAUGAAGAGAUGGAAGUGCAAUCUCUGUUUCAGGCUAAAUGAAUUUCCCGAAGAGUUCCACUAUGAUCCUGUGACGAAAUCGUAUGGCGAACCAACACGACGACCAGAAGCUAAGAACGGCACGAUAGAGUUUAUUGCGCCAAGCGAAUACAUGGAAUUCGAUGAAUUCCAGCUCCGUCCACCUCAGCCCGCAGUCUAUCUGUUCGUCGUAGACGUAUCCCGUCUCGCGAUAGAAAGCGGCUAUUUGCAGAUCGUUUGUAACACCAUCACCGACGAGCUGUCACGUCUACCCGGCGACAGUCGCACUCAGAUUGGUUUCCUCGCCGUCGACUCGGCAUUACACUUCUUUAGCAUGCCCGAUAACGUCUCGCAGCCACACGAAAUGAUCAUGUUGGACAUUGACGACGUGUUUCUGCCGUGUCCCGAGAACUUGAUCGUGAAUCUGAAGGAGCGAGAAGAGCUCAUUCGCGAUCUUCUCGCCCAGUUGCCCGUCAAGUUUCACGGUACUCACGAUACCAGCUGCGCUCUCGGUGCUGCUCUCCAAGCUGCCUACAAGCUCCUUUUCGCGACUGGAGGACGCGUCACUGUUUUCCAGACGUGUCUGCCUAAUUGCGGCCCAGGAACUUUGCAAUCGCGAGAGGACCCCAACGCUAGGUCGGGCAAAGACGUGCCGCAUCUCAAUCCAGCGACAGAUUUUUAUAAGAGGUUCGCUCUGGAUUGUAGCGGACAGCAAAUUGCGAUUGAUCUGUUCCUAUUGAACAGUCAGUACAGCGACUUGGCAACUUUAUCGUGCAUGUCAAAGUUCACGGGUGGCUGUAUCUUUCACGUGCCGUUGUUCCGAGUUUCGAAGCUACAGAGUGCGGAGACGUUGGAAAGAAUGCUCCGUCGAUAUUUGACCAGAAAGAUCGGCUUCGAAGCAGUAAUGAGGAUUCGCUGUACUCGCGGGCUCAGCAUUCAGGCCUUCCACGGCAGCUUUUUCGUCCGAUCGACCGAUCUUCUCACUUUGCCAAACAUCAACCCAGACGCGGGCUUCGGCAUGCAAAUCGCUAUCGAAGAAAACCUUUCCGACUUGCAGAGUGUGUGCUUCCAAGCAGCUCUACUCUACACUUCGAGCAAAGGUGAACGAAGGAUCAGAGUGCAUACCUUGUGCUUGCCAGUCGUAAAAAAUCUAUCGGACAUUCUACAUGCCGCGGAUCAACAAUGUAUAGUAGGCCUCUUAUCGAAAAUGGCUGUCGACCGGUCACUUCAAUCAUCUUUAUCGGACGCCAGAGACGCAUUAAUAAACGUCGCUAUCGAUGUCCUCUCCGCAUACAAAAUGCUACAAUCUAGCGGUACCGGCAGACUUUUAGCGCCGGAAAGCUUAAAGUUGUUGCCGUUAUACAUAAUCGCGUUGUUGAAAAGCGUGGCGUUUAGGUCCGGCACCAGCACGCGCUUGGACGAUCGUGUAUUCGCUAUGUUUCAAUUGAAGACCUUACCCUUGGCGCAGCUAAUGCAAAUGGUUUACCCUGAUUUGUACCCGGUACACGCACUCGACGACCGCAACGCUAAAGACAUCGAAGGUAAAAUCUGUCCUCAACCGCCGCGACUUCAUCUAUCCGCAGAGAGACUAGACGCUCGAGGCGUUUUCCUCUUGGACGCUGGCGACAAGAUCUACAUUUACGUCGGCAAGAACGUCAAUCCAGUGUUCUGUUCCGCUGUAUUCGGAGUUUCGGCGUUUACAUCUAUUUCAGAGGAAUUAUAUGAACUGCCGAAAUUGAACACAGUAGAGAACGAACGGUUGCGACAUUUUAUAUUCAGUUUGCAAGAAGAGAAACCGUUCUGGGUGCCUAUACAAAUCAUCAGGGAGGACAGCCAUUUCAGAACAUUAUUUGUCGAGCGAUUAAUAGAAGACCGAUUCGAAACAGCACUUAGUUACUACGAGUUCUUGCAGCAUCUCAAGCUGCAAGUGAAAGAGUGACCGAUCUAAUUCUACGGGGAGUCAUUGGAUUCAUAAAUCAUAAAGUCGCAUUGCAUUGUGAUUAAGAAGUGUGCGCGGUUCAUCAUCAAUCGGUCGUGGGUUCAUAUAGAAGAUAUCGGACAAGUGGUUCAAGAACUAUUUUGCCAUACGCAGCAGUGAUAGCCUUAUCGACAGACACUGACGCAUUUAAAUAUGGUAGAUUGUAAUUAUUGUUAUUAUUAAUAUUAUUAUUACAAUUGUUUACCAUCAAUAUCUCUGAUACACGGAUUCGCGUCCUCGUUGCGCGCAUCCACUUGGGAUAAAUAUGUAUAACUUCUUUGUAUACGCUUGUGCUCGUCCAGUAAACGAUAGUCGAUUUUUUACGAUUUUGUGCUAUACUUGUAGCACUUUUAAUUCGCGCAAUUUUUACGUAAGCAGUGAUGAUAAAAUCUUUUUCGUUCGUGGAGCAAUAUCAAUAUAUAUAUAUAUAUAUAUAUAUAUAUAUAUAUAUAUGUGACGAAUAAAUUUUCUUUUCCGUUUCUAUACGGAAACUGUUUUUAAACUAUUUCGCUUCGUUAUUCUGCGAUUUUAUUCGCAAUUCACAAAAUACAAAAGUUAUCUCUAUUUAUUUGUUAUUAAUAAAAAAAUUAUUUAUUUUUCUGCAAGUCCAGAAAUGUUAUUUGCAAAUUAUUAGGUACGAAAUAUUAGAUCAAUGCGGUUUUGUGCGAUCUAAUAUGCAAUGUUUGGUAUGAAAGUAAUAAUAAAAUGAAAUUGUUUGCUGGGCGAGUGUCGCAAAGCGGUAACAUUUCACGGUGAUAAGGAAUGCACAGUUGCAAUUUAAUCACCUGGAAGUAAUAAAGAGGGUAACAGCUGGAAAGGUCUUAUUCAAAGUGAUUGAUUCUACAUUAAUUCGCUCGACAGUGACGCGUUGAUUCGCAUUGUAAAAUUCGACUUUGCAGCGAACAAAGUCGCGAAUAUUUCAACGAUAAUUUCGAACAGUCGACGAAAGUUGCACAGUUGCAAUUGAAUUACUUAAAUAAUUAAUUGUACACAAAAGAAGGAGGUAGAGGAAGUGGUGAGGGAUAAUGGAUUCGCAGUAAUGUAAAAUAUUAACGAUAAAUUCUCGAGACAAUUCGCCUGUAAAGGACUUUAUAAUAAUAAUUAAGUAAUGGCGAAUAAAACAGCGCGCUGGUGCGAGUGUUAGUAAAUGAGAAUGGAAAGAAAUGUUAGUUAAAUGAAUACUGUAAAAUAAUUGCGCUGCGCUCGCUCACCCAGUGAGUUGAUACUGCCAAACAACAUUUUCUGGCAUAUUGUUCUUCUACGACCCGACAAAGGGUAAGAAAAUGAAAAAUAACGCGGGACGACAUGAUCUAUAUAAUUUAAAUAUUUAACGAUUGUGUCAUUGAAUAUCGGUUCUGCUAUUAAAAUAUGUAUAUGUAUAUGUAUAUAUGUGUAUAUACAUACAUAUAUAUACACAUAUAUAUGAUUUAUAAUAUAUAAAUUACACGCAUUA